GCCACACACAGUCAGCAGCGAGCUCGUACCAGUCGGGUCCCGCAGGCAGACAGUCUCGUUGCGCUGGUCUAGCUGUUUGGACGUUCGUGUGACUAUACUCUCUCCCCGCUAUCCGGAGAGCGUUGCAUUCUAGCAGGACGGUGACGGCUGUGAGAGUUUGUCGGAGCCUCGUCUCGCGAUUUCGGGUUCAGCCUGUUAAUCAGGCUAAUCAGUGUCCGGGUGUGUGUGUGAUUAAUUAGACACCGCUUGGUCUCUUGGUUGUAACAAUAAUUGUCAGAGUAGAAAGGGUUUAUUGGUUGAGCAGUCGAAGUGAUUAUUUUCUCUUGUUUCUGAAGGGAUCACAAGGAAGUGAUCGAAUGAAAACCGUUGGUUAUCUUGUGGUGAUUUUUAAAUCGAGAUUGGCGCCGAUUGCUGAGUGAAAGGAAGAUUUGAACAGUGCGAUUAUGAAGAUUGGUGAUUUUGUAAACCGGCGGUGGAAGAUCAUCGGGAAGUGAAGCAAUACCGAGUGGAGGCAUAGUUAAGUGAAACGAAUUAAUUGGUACUGAUUUAAUCAGCUGGUGUGCGUGUGUCAGUUUGAAAGUUCGGUCAGCUAACAGGCGGCAGAAAAGAAAAAAAGAAAGGUUGUAAAUAAUUUCAAUUAACAAAAUUGUUAACAAGAUUGUUCAGAAAAGUUCGACAAGUGAGUUAAACAAGUGGGAAACGAAUAUAAACUACAAAGCGCUGUUUGGAGUAGCAACUGGCAAAUUUCACUGUUUCAUUAAGUCAGCGAUCGAAGCUAGAAAAGGAAGGUAGACGCGUAGCAAGAAACAAUUCUGCUUCAGACGGAGGUAAACCCGAUUCGCAGUAUAAAUUAAGCAACCGUAAACCGAAAAGCGACUAGACUUACCGGCGAAUGGAAAAACUUUGAUGCACUUAUAAAUGCACAUAAAUUGUUCAGCUUGACCGAAGAUUCUGGAAGGAGGAAACACCGGCGGCGGUAAGGUAUCAUUGCACAAACGAGAGAAUUGCAGUGUAAAAAGAAAACCGUGAGCUGUGUAAACGGAGAAGAAAGCCCGAAGAAAACAAAAAACACGAAGACAGUGAAUUUAAUCAGUAACAAUAAUAAAAUAAAAGCACCUCGUUAGGAAGAAACAAACUAAGCGCGAUUCAGCAACAUAGCAGCAGCAGCGGCAGUAACAACAACAACAAAAGCGACAAACAUUUCAAGAAGUAAGGAGCGGUUUCUAUCCACAUUAAUAAAACAAUGAUAUUUAAACAUGAGCGUAAAAUAUGCAAAUAGAGUUUCAUAAUAGAGCGAAAGAAAACGAGCCGAAGGGAGAAUAAACGUCACACAACUGUCGGGUCCAGCCACCAGCCGGCACUAGCGAAGAACAAAGCGGAAAUGAAGACAGAGGAAAAAAAGUUAUUGAUUUUCUCCUACUCCCUGGCCUCAGCCUCCCGAAUCGUGUAACGUUCUGCAACAGUCAGAGUCGUUUGAUCUUUAUCACAAAAGGAAGUUCGCGAGCGAAGAAUCGUGAUUAGUGUGCGCGUGUGGCGGAACGAAGCGAAGUUUGAUAAAAAUGAGUUAUUUCUUACCAUAACAAAAAAUAAAACUUUGCAUCUAUCGGAUCGUUUUUUGAUGAUUGAAGUGUGCCAGUGAACCAGUGAGGAGCAUUUAGAAACCACAAUUAUCAGUUCGUUCAAGUGUUCGUGGUGAAAGUGAAGUGUGUUUUUCUUUUCUAUUCUGCCGAUUAAUUCGUCGAUAUUCCGGAGUAAAAUCCGAGGGAGUACACUGUAAUAUUAUCUAAGGACCCCUUCCCCUCCAACAGCUGUUCCUUCUGACUCUUAGAUAUUGGAUUUUGGAAGAUGGAUCACUUAUUUAUUAAAAGGUAAUGGAACCGUUCAUGUUAAAACGCCCUGAAGGUAUUGAGCUUCUCUGCAUAUACAAAGGAUGUCAGUAUGGGUCAAUCAAUUAAUGCAAGCUUUCUCGGACAACUUGCAAUUUUGCAUUCCGAGGACUGGAAAUACAGUUACCCUCCCCAAGCUUGUUAAUCAGGGUUAAAAUUUUCAUCAGCCGCCAUAAAUUAUCAUAAUGCAAAAUGGAGCUAUCAACGAUGGGAGGUCGUCGUCUGACCUCUCAGCAAUUACAGCAGCUACAGCAGGCGCACCAGCAGCAGCAAUUCCAGCAAUACCAGCAGCAGCAACUACAGCUUCAGCACCAGCAGUCGAACCAAACAGCAGCCACCAUGUUAUUUCAGCACCAGCAGCAGCACCAACAGCAGCAACAACUACAACAGCAGCAACAACAGCAGCAGCAUCAGCAGCAGCAUCCCGGCCAGCUGCUGCCACCGCCACCGAUGACGAACCCACUGCACCGGUCCAUUCCACGAUUUCAUGCCUCGCGUCACCGGAAGGACUCGCUGGGGAAGAGUGUGAGCAAGUACAUGUACCCACCCGGAUCGCCCUCGAUGGGUACCACCGCCAACGAGAACAUCUACCAUCCUCAGACGACGGCGAGCGUCAACAGCAACAAUAGCAGCACUGCCACCAUCAAUAAGCACAAUCGCUACCCGGAGCCGGAUCCGGACGUCAUCGAGGUGUACCUGGAGGACGAUCCGAUCAAGCUGAAAGAGGCGGUCCGCGAUGGGAAGGAGAUCAAAUGGCGCAACAACAUCGUCGCCACGAUGGAACGCUACGAACCCGCUCCGAUAUCAGCAGCCACCCUGCCCUCGUCCUAUCUGCAUCAUCAUCAGCCCAGUACCGACAGCAGUUGCAAUCCGGAAUACUCGUACGCUUACUGUGAGCCGAUGGUACUGAAACAGCAGCAGUCCCUGCAGCAACAACAACAACAAACCCAGCCAGGAGGUCAACUGCACCCCAGCAACAUUCCGCAGAUUCACAAAAUAUCCUCGUCGGUCUCGAGCAACGCGCUCUCCAAGCUGCCAUCCACCAAUUCUCUACGUGCCUUAUUGAGUAAGAGCUUCCGGAAGAGUUCGGUGUCUUCAAAUUCGGCCGGAACGAACGCCGGUGGCCUAGGAGGAGUACCGGGAAACGUACUCCCAGAGAAGCAUACCUUCACGACCCGCUACGGGACGAAGGAAAACAUUUACGAAGACGUGGGAGCUGGGUCCAACCUUGGCACGAUGGCAAGCGCAGCGAAACCGGGGGCAAGUAUGAACUCUUCGUCGAUGCAAAGCUUCGAAUCGAUCAAUAAGUUCAAUCUGCAUGACGAACUUAGGCAUGUGCAGAGCCAGCAUGACAGGAUACUUGGGGAGCUGAAUCUGUCCGUAGAAACAUUGAUUAUGCCAUCCAAGGAUGAACAGGACGCGAUCGAGGAACGCCUGCAUGAGAUCCACUGUGCGCAGUUUCAGGAUGAAUUGUCACAAGAUGACUGCAUAGCGGCAGGUUCGUCCAAUACGGCCAUGAUUCAUGUGCAAGAAAGACUCUCCCCAACCACUUCGCAGCCAAACAGUGGUGACGUAGAUAGUGGCAUAAGCGGAAGUAGUAGUAGUGGCGCUAGUUAUUCCAGUAGUAUGUUGUACCGGACCACUACGAUGUAUACGAACAACAGUAAAACGGUCACGAUAAACGAUAAUGCCGAUGGCAGUGGUUCCGGGAUGUCCAUGAUGGCCGGCAAUAGCUCGAUACGAAGUAGCUGCGGUAGCCACAGCGGCUGCGGUUCUAUUCCCAUCGGAUAUCCCACCUGUGGUGGCGCUAGUUGUAGUAAAAUGGCUUCUAACGUUGUGAUACCUAAUUCGAAUAGGCUAACUUGUUGUUUCUACUCCGAUAAGCUUAACAAAAAUAAUAAAUGCAAUUCCGAUCACUUAGACACGCUAGCAGAAAAGUCCAGCUUCUGGAAUAAGCUGGGGAAAUUAAAAAUUUCCGGAGUAUUCGGUGGUGCCAAUAGUAGCAACAGCAGCAGCAGCUCUACUAGCAGUAGUAGUACAAACAGCCAACACUUCCAUCCGCCACAUCAUCACCACCAUCCGCAUAUGCAUCAUCACCACAAUCAUGCGCUCCUGAGCCAUCCGCACCAACUGCCAGGACUGAACCACUCCGUUCCGACGACCACGACGAAUACAGCCACGAUCGCACGAAGCAACGAAGCCGAUCCACGUCUGCAUCUGCACCACCAUCAUCAUCAUCAUCAUCUUCCAUCACCGCCGGUUACCACCACGAUCGAACCCUGGUGGCAAACCCCGUCCGAGAUGUGCACAAUGGAUCCUGCCCUGUGCAGCAACUGUUCCGGCGAGUACCAGAUGCCGUGUGAAGUGCAGGUGCCACCACCACAGCCACCACCAUCGCUGUCGUCGAUUAUGAGCGGUAUGAGUAUGCGACCACCACUGCCGCAGCCACCACUACAAACGCAGAUCGAACUGGAAGAGGACGAAGAAGAGUCCAAAGCGGAAGACGAUACGCAGUAGGCAUUUUGGGUCCCGAUUUUCUAAAUGUGAUUUUAUUCCGAUAGACAGACACAGAGAGAGAGACGAAUCGUACUAAAAACGGCACAUCUUGUGCAAGUGUAAAUAAACAAAGGCAAACUUUAUCACUGUGAAAAAAUAAAAUUGUCAUUUUAACACAAAUAACAUCUACACACACUGUAAACAAUUAUAUGUAUAUUUAAGAAUUGAAUACUCGAUUCUCUGUAAAUACGAACCAUAGGAGAACCAAUUUGAACAAAUAAAACAAAAAACUUUUUAUUAGUGUGAAUAGCUAGUAUUUUAAAGCAAAUAUAUUGAAGUGGAUAACAAAACAACAUGGUGGUUCUUGGCGAUCGAAUAACGGACCAUUCAUUAUUUGACCGCUACUCGUAUUUUGUUCAUAGUUUUUCGGUUGGAAUUUUGCAUCUCGAACCCGCAAGUUCUAGAAUAAGAUUCAAAUGGCGCGAGCGAAUUCAAAAUUGUUGAUAUUAAUACGUAUUGUUUUAACUGCUUAUGUUUGAAAUACUGUUUACUUGGCGAAACGAAAAAAAAAAUACAAGAAAAAGAAACAAAAUUUUACACAGCCAAUCUUUAUGUUUUGACACUCCGAGGAAACUGCAUUGUUUGGCAACAGCGUACACCCGAGUGGAAUCAAGUGAAGGAGCAAAAAACGAGAAAGGAAAUGCCAAAGAAUACAUUUAUUGAAGUAAUAUUAAUAUAUUUUUAUACUUAAUGUUAUUUAAAAUAAAUAUUUAGA